UUCAUGCAUGUUUUCGAAACUUUAUCCCUCUAAAGAUAUAUUGUUGAAUUUCGGAUGAAGUCACUUCUCUUGGGCAACAUCGAAUUACAUACACUGAUGAUAGACUUGAGAAAGUUUUGGAAGAGGAUUUCCCGCCUGCAAGUGCUCGACUCGACUCGGGGAGAGAUAAUUCAUUGUAAUCGUAGUUCAGUGGAUUGCGGACGGCUAAAAUUUUCACCUGAGUCGAUUUUAACUUUCAGCACGCAAUCCACGCCUUGUGUUGUGAUCCGAUUCAGCGGUGUUUCAGGGUUAACCUACCCCCUUUGAUUUCUAGCAUGGAGUGCAAUACUGAGACUGACUUGCUGAAAUCUCCGACCCUUAGUUCAAAAUGGUAUAUUUUCAAGCGUAGACGAUAUCUAGUGGCGUUUCUAGCUUUCCUUGGAAUUACAAACAUAUAUGCUAUCAGAGUAAAUCUGAGUGUUGCAAUAGUAGCUAUGACUUCAGAGCAACUUUCAGUUGUGAAGCUUGAAAAUGGAACCACUAUCUCUACAUUGGUGCAAGAAUUCAACUGGGACUCUAAACUGCGGGGUCUGGUCCUCAGCUCCUUUUUCUACGGUUACAUCUGUACGCAGGCCCUCGGGGGUUACCUGAGUCGGCGGUUUGGCGGUGCCCGUCUUUUCGGGAUUGGCGUAGCAGUCUCGGCGCUCCUAACUCUAAUCACGCCGCCUUUGGCGAGACUCAGCGUUUACUUCUUGAUCCUUCUCAGGAUCCUCCAGGGUCUCUUUCAGGGAGUGACGUUUCCAUGCAUGCAUGCUCUUUGGUCAGAGUGGGCUCCACCGAUGGAGAGGACUCAGCUUGCGUCUCUAGCAACCUCUGGGAUCUAUGUUGGAUUAGUUGCCACCAACCCUAUUUGCGGAAUCCUUACCGAAAUUUUUGGUUGGGAAGCCGACUUUUAUGUCACAGGCUCCAUUGCCUUGCUAUGGUCAUUAAUAUGGUUCUGGACUGUCAGGAACCGUCCGGCGGACGACCCUCAUAUAUCUACCGAGGAGUUGAAGUACAUUCAUGAUUCUCUCUGCAAAUCUUCGUCCGAUAGUAAGAUGCCAAUUCCAUGGAGAAAUAUCAUAACAUCCAUGCCUGUUUGGGCCAUUACUGUUGCUAUGUUUACUGGAGAUUGGGGCUGUUACACGUUAUUGACGCAACUUCCAACCUUCAUGAAAGAAACUUUGAACUUCAAUUUGGCCGAGGCUGGAAUUUUAUCAGCUUUACCUUACGUGGGUAUGGCUCUAGUGAUGCAAAUAGCUGGUUUCCUCGUUGACUGGGUGCGGUCUAAUUACCUAACAACGAAGCAAACGCGAAAGUUGUUCACUUGCACAGCUUUUACUUGUCAAGCCAUUUGCAUCUUUGCCAUCUCUUACAUGAACACGCCUGUCGGGGUCGUCUCCUGUUUGAUCAUAUCUUGCAGUAUAGGAGCUUUUGCUUGCGCUGCUUUCGAUAUAAAUAAUUUGGAUAUUGCACCACAGCACGCUUGUGUUAUAAAGGGUUUAGAGAAUACCAUCUCUUCAAUGGCGGGAGUGCUCAGUCCUACGAUCGCAGGAUAUCUUGUUCAGCACAAGGAGGCAUCCGAGUGGAAAAAUGUAUUCCUGAUUACUAGCUGCGUUUACAUGUUUGGUGCUAUUUUUUACGGUGUGUUCGCUGACGGGGAGAUCCAGUCUUGGGCCAAAAACGAAACGCAGUCAGGAAAACGCAAAGCUGAACCGAAGGAAGCAGAGGUGUAAAAUUAGAAACUGCAAUGGAAAUGCAUCCGUAAUAUUCGCUAAUUCCACCCUCUGUGUUCACCAUGUGUUCUGAUAAUGAAGAAUACACGGCGCGCCGUAUACAUUUCAAGAGAUACCAAAUUUCCUUCGAUGAAUUAAACAUUUUCAAGGGAACUUGUGAAUAUUUAUUCAUUUUAUUAAAAAAUAAAUUCAGUAUACCUACGAGGGUAUCUCAAAAAGUAGCCGUAUUUUUUAAUCUUUCCAUACCAGUUCAGUCACCUGAAGAUGGGCGGCCUGCCCGCUCGAAAUGACCAUUGUGCGUAGAGAAUAAUAAGAAAGUAAGUGCUAUUUAAUCGGUUAUCAAAAAAAGUUUAAGUUAAACAAAUAAUUUGUGUUCAUAUUGCAGAUAAAAUUUUAUAAAGUGUGCAAUAUGCAACAACAUAGUACUCAAAAAGUAAGUUCCCCUACAGCCAAAAAUUCCCGGUAGCCAAAAAUCUGACCCAUGGCGAAAGGAGGUGGGUGCAGGAAAAGUUGAAUAUCUCGACAACCCUUGGGUCAAAUUACAAAAACUUUAGCUUCUUUUAACGUUGAAAGUAUAACCAACAAAACCCUAUACAUAUAAAUAUUUGCUCUAGCUGUAAUAAUUUUGGAGAAAUAAAAUAGGGAAACUUACUUUUUGGGAUACCUUCGUAAUAUUUACGCUUUGCCAUAUGAGAGUUUUUACAUGAUAUUUCUCCUCGUACAGGAAAAUGACGCAGCAUAAAAACCCAUCAUCAGUUAGUAGAAUAUUCCGUAAAAAUUUCAAGCUGUAUAGUUGAUUUGUUCCUCUCGGAAAAAAUAAACUAAGGGCGGAGAUUUUGGGACACCGCAAUGGAGAUACGUGGUGUCGCACUUUGGUCGUCGAUAUCGCUCGGUGAGUACUCGAUCAACUUGAAGAAAGAUUAAAAUUCAAGGGGCUGCGGGCGGCUAAAAUUUAAGUUGAGACGAUUUUUCCUCUCAGCACUUUACCUGCCUCUUGUUGUGAUCGGAUUGCGGCACCUCGCGUCACUAAAGUUCCAGUUUACUUGAUUUUUGCCAUGGAAUACAACAACAAGACUGACCUUCCCAAACCUCCACUCCAUGAGUAAGUUAGAAAAUUAGUAACAUUAAAACCAAAACGCGACAUUUUCAGAAGUUAUUCAGAAGCCACGUGUUUAUUAAUCUAUGUAUUCAUUGAUUCAUCUACUUAUUAAUUUGGUCUCAAUACCAGUCAUGUAUUGAGUUCAGUCAGCACGUCUCAAUUUUUUUAAGUCAUUGAAAUUGUAAAUUUAAAUUUCCUCCUGUCUUCUUUAACUCCACAAAUAUACGUAAAUUUAUACCUUCGUAUCUUA